GCUGAACAGCAUUCGCCACCGCUUCACCGUGGGAACUAUGUCGCAAAGGUGAGACUUCUCGACUAGUUCAGUCUGUCGGGUGAAGCGUUGGGGACAAAACACUGGACAUUUAAACCGAAACAGAUUAGAAAAGUACCAACAGCACUUUAUUUUGUGAAUUUCGACGUGUUUAUCUAAAUGACAACGAAGUGCCACGGAAAAAACACACUUUGACGGCACCAUGGAGAGCAAAGGCAGCCGCUGUAAGAUCGUGGUGGUCGGCGAUACGCAGUGUGGCAAAACUGCACUACUCCAUGUCUUUGCCAAAGACUCUUACCCAGAGAAUUAUGUUCCCACGGUCUUCGAGAACUACACGGCCAGUUUCGAAAUCGACAAACAGAGGAUUGAGCUAAACAUGUGGGACACGUCAGGUUCGUCCUACUACGACAACGUUCGACCGCUAGCCUACCCGGACGCAGACGCCGUCCUCAUCUGCUUCGACAUCAGCCGACCAGAGACACUCAACAGUGUACUGAAGAAGUGGCAGGGAGAGACCCAGGAGUUCUGUCCCAAUGCCAAGGUGGUUCUGGUGGGCUGCAAGCUGGACAUGAGGACAGACCUCAACGUGCUGAGAGAACUGUCCAAACUCAGACUCAUCCCCGUCACUCACGAGCAGGGCACCGGUCUGGCCAGGCAGAUAGGGGCUGUGGCCUACGCAGAGUGCACCUCCAAGUACUCUGAGAACAGCGUCCGGGACGUGUUCCACGUCACCACGCUGGCAUCUGUGGCGCGCGUCCAUCGGCCUGUGUCACAGCUCAAACGCACCGGCUCACGGCGGGGCCUCAAGCGGGUAUCCCAGCAGCCUCCACGGACUGAGAUCCUGGAGCAAACCCCCGCCAUCAGAAAGGAUCGAGCCAAGAGCUGUACGCUCAUGUAGGGACGGACUGUACGAACUGGCCCAGAGGGUGUACAAAACGGACAUUAAUUUUAUUUAUAGGUUUUUCCUUGUUUCCUUUGCACUGCAAAAAAAGACAAUGAAUACAACAAGGAUUGCAAUGCUGAAGAGUGAGGGGACUUUGUUCAUCAUCAACAAAUGUUUCCUUUUUCCCCCUUGUAUAACUGUUUUUCUGUACAUAUGUCUGGGUCGGAUCCUUGCCACUUCAUUGCCACAUUUUCUAACAACCUCACACAUAACAGCAAAAUGAAAGAGAAACAAACCCAAACGAGAGAUACUACUGUAGCUAAUGCAAGAGAAUUAAGGCGAAAAGGAAUGUAAGGGGAGGAGGAUGAGAGGUCUAAUGAGAUUGAUAAGGGAGCCCUUUCCAUUAAGUUGUUUCCUGUCUUCAAAUGCCAUUUUCUGUGUCAGUGUUCAUUUACAAGCACAAAAUGAUGCACGCAAAGUGUUCAGAUUUAAAUGUCAGGGAAUGAUGUUAUCGUCCCAUUCAAUCUAAUGAGAUAACUAGAUGGUUAGAAGCCCAGAGAGACACAGAAUUACAGGGCUGAUGACACUAAAAACCACAAGUGCUUUCAGAGGAAAAUAAGAACUAAAAAAUAAGACUUUUACUUAUCACUCACCACUAAAUAUAGAUGUGUUUAAAUAAUUGUACAAAGUAAAUAAUAAUGUUUGCGAUACGUUGCAAUGUUGGGAUAGGAAGGGGCUGUUUAACAAUGUCUUGUUUGUUUGAUCCGGAAAUUAAAAAAACACCUGCUCUGCUACUCUAUGUACAUUUUCAUAUCUGAGAUUCAUAAUGAACUACUGGUUCCAAUAGACACACUGAAAGAAAGUAACCAGUAGAUCUUUACAUAUAGUGAACUAGUUUCCAUCUGGUGUAUUGCUCUUGACAGUUUAUCCUCAUUCCCCCUUUGUGUCCCUCCUCGCACCCUCCUGUCCUGAUCAGGGCCCCCAGCCAGUUCUUGCUUCUGUGAGCAGCAG